CACUACCCGGAAAACGGCUUUCACGCUUUCACACCUUCACCAUCGUAUUCACUUCUUCCUUCCUUCCUUCCCUCUCUUCGCAAAAGAAACAGCAUAUGACCUGAGCUGAGAGAAUAAUACCCAAAAAAAAUAAAAAAAAUCACACUUUCACUCACAUAUUCUCCUCCUCCAAAACCUCAAAUCUCAAAUUUCUUAAAAUCUUAUACUUCCACUCCAAUCCCUCCAAUUCCCCCAAUACGUCACCGUUUCGAGAUUUAGGUUUUUAACCUUUUCGCACUUUUGGAUCGAAACGGCAUCGUAGCAGACUGCAUCUGCGGCGUAACCUUCGACGACGGCGAGGAGAUGGUCAAGUGCGACGAGUGCGGCGUCUGGGUCCACACCCGCUGCUCUCGCUACGUCAAGGGAGACGACACUUUCUCCUGCGACAAGUGCAAGUCCAAAACUGCAGCCAACACCGCUAACGCCACCCCAAACCACCACAUUAACCACCAAAUCGACACCGUCGUUAACGGAACGGAAGAGACCGAGGUAGCUCAAUUUCUGAUUGAGCUCCCAACGAAGACAAUCUCCAUGGAGAACGGCAACAUCAACAAUAAUCAUAACAAUAACAAUGAUAACGGUUCUUUAUCUCGCAGGCCAUUUAAGCUUUGGACUGAUAUUCCCAUGGAGGAGAGGGUUCAUGUUCAGGGUGUACCCGGUGGGGACCCUGCGCUCUUUGGUGGGUCCGGGUUGUCUUCGAUUUUCGGGCCACAGCUUUGGAAGUGCACUGGUUAUGUUCCCAAGAAGUUCAAUUUUAGGUAUAGGGAGUUCCCUAAUUGGAACGAUGAGGAUGAUGAUGGGGGAAAGGGUGCUGGGGUUUUGUUUUCCUUCUCUAAGGAGACUGCUGCUGCUGCAGCUGCCGCCACUGCUACCACGGUGGUGGCUAGGCCGCCAGUUGGGGGCGCUUUGGCGGAUAUGAAAGGUGUUGGUGAGGAGCGGAAGGGGGGAUUGAAGGAUGGGGAGAAGGUGCCUAGUGGGGUGAAGAAGGAGAGGAGCUUGCUGAGGCCGUUUGUUGUUCAUAGCAGUAAGCAGCAGCGCAAGAAGGAGGAGGUUGGCAGUUCCAAUUCGAGAGAUCGGAGUGGGAAGAAGCGGGUUAGGAGUUCUUCUGAGAAAGAGAUUGAUCCCAAGAGGAGGAGCAGUUCGCAUUCCUCUAAAUCAGCGUUUACACCCACCAGUGAUGCAAAACCAUUGGAAUUUUAUGAAGACAGAGGUCUAAAGGUUUCCAAGGAUGACACUCGAAGUAUGAAGAAUAAGAACUCGAAAGAUAUAGUGGUUCAGGAGCAUAUUUCUAAUGAUUGUUUUGCUGCGGGUACCAUCAUGGAGGAACCAACUAACAACAUGGCAACUACUGAGGAUUCUUCAGAACCAUUAUAUGCUGACACAGCAAGGCAUAAUUUUUCUAUUGGAGAUGUGUUACCAGAAGAGAAGGCUGGCAAUAGAGGUCCUAGUUUGGUUGAGAUGCCCUCGAAGCCUGAUGAUGCUGUUACAUCUGUUUUAAAGCAUAAUGGUGUUGCAAAUGCUUCGAGUAAAGGAAAGGAUGGAGAUUGCUUGGCAGUUGAUAGUCCAGAUAAUUAUUUAGCAGUAAGAAGCUCUAUUGCUCCCCAUGGAGGAGGUCCUUGUGGUUCUGCACCAGAAAAUAUAGAUAAACAAGUUUCUCAAGAAAUUGACUGUAAGCUGUGGCCUACCUCUGCAAAAUGUGAUAAGAGAGAAGAUGGUGAUAAGGAUAAUUGUAGGAAGCUCUCUAACGUUCAUUCUUCUCCUGUCAAUGAUGCAAAAGAUAACGAAAAAUCAUCAGACAACAUAUAUGAUAUUGUUAAAGUGAAUGAUGCUGUGAUUACCAGUUUACCAUCAUGUGUAACGAAGUUGUCAGAUGUUGAUAGGUUGUCGAUAGUUGUCACUGAUGAUCAUACCAGUAAACCUGAGGAAUUGUCUGGUAUUUGUAACAGAAAACAACCGGUGGGAUCUGAAGGUUCCAUAGAAACACAGAAGAGUAUUUCAGAAACAAAAGAUGGCUCAGAAUCUAUGAAGGAUCCACAUAAAAUGUCAGCAUGUCUUGGAAAGUCAUCUGCAUCUCCAACGUCGUCAACCAUUAAUGCCAAAUCUUUAGCUCACGACUUAAAAUCUGAAGAUAUUGAAAGCCCUAAUCCUUUUACAAAGCAAGCAGUGAUGUUGGAUAGUAAUAUUCACUUAAAGAAGGAAAGUAGCCCAAGUGAUGCUGUGAGGGAUGAAAUCUCUAGGAAGUCAGUAAGAGAACGGCCAAAAUCCUCUUUGAAUGCCAAUUCAAAGGGAUUGCAUUCAAGCCGAAGUACACAAAAUUCCGUUUCAAAGCAAGUAAAUUCAGAUGCGAGAGAUUCUGUUCAUACUUCAUUGUCUAAAGCAUCUUUGGCACAUCAGACUGUAAGUAUUUUGGGCUCUAGUGAGACUAAUGCGUCGUUGCAACAUCAGAAGGCGUUACAAGUGCAAAGCAAAGGUUCAUCUUCAGUGCCACCAAAAGCUGAAAAGAUUAACCAUACCAAUAUGAAUACUUCCUCUAAUAAGUUGAAUCAAAAUCAUGGACCAUCAGUUAAUCCUUCUUCAACAUCAAAUAAUUCAAUGCUGAGUGAUGAAGAGCUUGCCUUGCUGUUGCAUCAAGAACUGAAUAGUUCACCCCGUGUACCUCGUGUGCCCCGAGCACGCCAUGCAGGUAGCUUGCCACACUUGACUUCUGCUAGUUCUACAAGCAUGUUAAUAAAGCGAACAUCAUCAGUUGGAGCAAAGGAUCAUUGUUUGGUUUCUAGACGGAAGUACAAAGAUUCAUCUCGAGAAGGGCUUUCCAGUUCUCGUGAACUUGAAGAGGAAACAAAAAGGAUAGAAAAGGAGAAGGUUCCAUCCUCUGAUCAGAGGAAGCAAGAUAUAGUACUUGCAGAAGAUGCUUCCGAGAAGGAAGAAGGUUGUGGAUCUUUGACAGCUGGGAACUCUUGCACAAAUAAUGCUUCUACCACUUCUGCCAUUGCAAAGAGUAGCCCGUCCUCCCCUCCCAAUGAUCAAAAUUUUCCAUCUAUGCGUAACUCUCCUAGGAAUAUAUCUGAUGAUGAUACAGCAUCUGCUGGAAGGCCAGUUCACCGGACCUUACCUGGCUUAAUCAAUGAUAUUAUGAGCAAAGGCAGGCGCAUGACAUAUGAGGAACUCUGUAAUGCUGUUUUACCGCACUGGCAUAACUUAAGGAAGCAUAAUGGAGAGCGUUAUGCAUACUCAAGUCACUCUCAAGCUGUCCUUGAUUGUUUGAGGAACCGACAUGAAUGGGCAAGGUUGGUUGAUCGUGGUCCAAAGACAAAUUCUAACAGAAAAAGGCGUAAACUGGAUGCUGAAGAAUCCGAUGAUAAUGGAUAUGGCAAGGGAAGAACCACAAAAGAAGCCGAUGGGAAGAACUUCAAGUUGCAAAAAGAAGACUUCCCUAAAGGCAAGCGCAAAGCUAGAAAACGCAGGCGCCUUGCUCUUCAGGGAAGAGCUGUGAAGGAUGUCAGGAGGAGACAAAAAGCUGACUCGUUAAGUGAUGAAGAUACUGCUGGAUUCUCCAAUUCUAGUGAAGAUAGCAUGUUUAGUGAGGAUGAAGUUGGUGGAAUAGGUCCAACAGGAAGUACUUCAGAUGAGGCAGAAAGUGCCUAAUAUCAAGUGGCCAAAUAUCUCCAAUGAGUUGAUCCAGUUGUAAUAUCACCUUGUAUCAGAAGUGUAAAUAUUUCCUGUAGAAUUGUGUUGCAUGCAUGAGGUAGAACUGAGUAGGUUAUGCAGAAUUUGUAAGUCAGAUAGGAAGCAAGAAAGAAUGUAGAAUUGGAUUUCGUUAGGAAUAGUUGUUUAGAAGCAACCCUUAGUGCAAUAAUCUAGUGUUCGUAAUCUCAGUUCUACCAAGGGACAAGUACUUUUUAGCAAACUGUAGGAGCUUGGCGAAGGAAAAUGUAUAGAGUAACAACUGACCGCAGCUGUUAAUCAUUUGUUUGUGUAAUAUGGCUUUUAGCUUGUUGCUAAUUAGAAAAUUAAUGACCUAGAAUCUUGACAAAUUCA